AAAAAAAAAGCAGGAAAAGAAAUCAGCUGAUGAUGAAAAGACAUAAAGCUGUUACAGGAGCGGAGAGAAGACACCGGUUUGAUUCCCUCCUCUGAACCCGGUCCCGGUGCAUAGGGUUCCGGUUCUCCUCUCUGCUGCUCCGCUCUUUGUCAGCCGGUUCACACACCGAGAGACCCGGGCGGGUUUCAUGGGUUCAUCCCUGGAUAAAGCGGCUCUACCGGGGAAACAUCGUUGCGUUUAACACUCUUAUGACCCGGGACUGUUUUUAAUGUCAUCGCUUUUCUGCGGAAUCUGCUGUUAAUGUUUAUUUGCUGCUGUAUCUGAUCACCUUUUGUCUGGAGGAAGAGGAGGCUGAUGCUGCGGUGAAGUCACACUGAGGAAGGAAGCACCGGAUCAGGUUUUUUCCUGGUUCCACGGGUCUUUUGUGUGGAAUUGAUCAGUCAGUCCCGGACUUGAGAGGCCCGGGUGGUCCCGGUGUGUCCCGGGCUCAGCAGCACCAUGCCGGAGUGCGUGUCGGUGUCAGACUUCGUGCAGGAGGUCCAGGAGGACUGGAGCUCCCCCACCACCUCCUCCUUCACCUCCAAGAUGAUCAGCUGCAGGAACACCGUCUACCUGCUGGAGGAGGUUUUGGACAGUGACCGCUUGGUGUUGCAGAAGAUGAAGAAAGCUGCUAAAGCCAAAUAUGCCUCAGGACAAGACCAUGUCUCUCACCUGGAGCAGUACAUUAACUCGAUGGAGAAGCUGUCGGUGAACUGUCACUCAAACGGAGAGACGGAGGUCGGAUCAGCUUUCUGCCGUCUGGCCGACUUCUCCAAAGACCUCCUCUCUCCCAUGAAGAACCUGUUAAAGAGCAUGCUCCACAACAUCAACUUCUUCCUGGACUCUCUGGUUAAAGGAGACCUGAGGGAGGUGAAGGGGGAUCUGAAGAAACCUUUUGACAAAGCGUGGAGGGACUAUGAGAGCAGAUUUAAGCAGGUGGAGAAGGAGAAGAGGGAGCUGGCUCGUCAGUAUGGGAUGGUGAGGAACGAGGUCAGCGGAGGAGAGAUCGCAGAGGAGCUCGAGAAGGAGAGACGCUCCUUCCAACUGAGCAUGUGUGAGUAUUUGAUUAAGGUCAACGAGAUAAAGACGAAGAGAGGCGUCGACCUUCUGCAGAACCUCAUCAAACACUACCACAGCCACAAUAACUUCCUGCAGGAGUGUGUUUCCACCACUCAGAAGUUGAAGCAGUACAUGGAGGAGUUGAAUGGAGUCCUUAUCACGGUGAAGCAGCGUCAGGAGGAGGAGAAGAAACAGCUGGUGACCCUCAGAGAUCAGCUGAGGCCGGCCGUCAACUCAGAGCAGGACUCUUUACCUAAGCAGGUGUACAGCAUGCAUCAGCUGCUCGGAGACAAACAGUACGGAACAGAGAGGGCAGGAUUCCUCUACAAGAAGAGUGACGGCUUGAGAAAAAUGUGGCAGAAGAGGAAAUGUUCAGUUCACAACUGUUACCUGACCAUCGCACACGCCACUCCUAAUAAACCUCCUACCAGACUAAACCUGCUCACCUGUCAGGUCAAACCCAGUGUGGAGGACAAGAAAUGCUUUGACCUCAUCUCCCAUAAUCGGACCUACCAUUUCAUGGCAGAGGAGGACGCUGAAUGUGUGGCCUGGAUUUCGGUGCUCAGUAACAGUAAGCAGGAGGCUCUGAGUGCGGCCCUGGACGGGGGCUUUAAAGGGGGGGGAGGAGGGGAGAGCAGCGUAGAGGAUCUGACCCGGGCCAUCACUGAAGACAUCCGGCGGAUGCCCGGAAACAACAACUGCUGUGACUGCGGAGCUCCAGAUCCUGGAUGGCUCUCCACCAACCUGGGCAUCCUGACCUGUAUCGAGUGUUCGGGGAUCCACAGGGAGAUGGGGGUCCACGUCUCCAGGAUCCAGUCUCUGAGUCUGGACAGUCUGGGGACCUCAGACCUUCUGUUGGCCAGGAAUGUUGGUAACUCUGGUUUUAAUGAAAUACUGGAGGCAAACCUGCUGAGUCCAUCAAUGAAGCCGUCCCAGGAGAGCCACAUGGGAGAGCGUAAAGACUUCAUCCUGUCAAAGUAUCAGGACGGUUAUUUUGUGAGGCGGAACCACUGCUCGAAUGCAGCGCAGCGGUUUGGCCUGCAGGAGGCGACCAAGAGCUGCGACAUCUACAGUCUGAUCCAGCAGCACGCCCAGAGGACCGAGCUGAGCCAGCCGCUGCACGCACACAUACAGGAGAGAGGGGAGACAGCGCUCCAUCUCGCCGUCCUAUUGGCUGACAGGACGUCCCUGCACAUCCUAGACUUCUUAGCUCAGAACUGCUCAAAUGUGGACGCACAGACAUCCGCAGGAAACACAGCGCUGCACUACAGCUGUCUGCACAACAAGAGCGACUGUGUGAGGCUGCUGCUGAGAGCCAGGGCCAACACACACACCAAAAACGAGUUAGGGGAGACCGCUCUGGACGUGAGCCGCAGGUUGAAGCACGGCCACUGUGAGGCGCUGCUGCAGCAGGCCCAGUCCAACCAAUUCGACCAUCAUGUGAACGUGGAGUACGAGUGGAGGCUUCGUCAUGACGACCUCUACGACAGUGACGACGACUUUGAAGAGAGGAACGGUCCUGUGAAGAAGGAGCGCUCCUUCUCCUCCUCCUCCUUCUCCUCCUCCUUCUCCUUCACCUCCCGGGCCUUCAGCUUCAGUCAGCCCGCCUCCUCCUCCAUCCCCCCGCCUUCCUCUGGAGAAGCAGGAGGAGCGGGAGGAGGGGGAGGAGCGGGAGGGUCCGGAGGGUCUGGGGGGUCUGGAGGGUCCGGAGGAGGUCUGCUGAGCGUGGGGAGGAGGCUCGCCAUGGCGAUGGAGCUCCACAGCCGGCCCUCUGGCUGUGCCUCCAGCCCCCCUCCGCCUCCUCCGUCCUCCCCUGCACCCCCACUGCCCCCCCGGGUCAAAGCGCCCAACGUUCCUCCCCCUCCCCCUCCCGCUGGGGGAGAAGGAGCUGGGGAUGAAGAGGAGGAAGAGGGGGAGGUCUUCUUCUCGCUGACAGGAAAUAGAAAGUCAACGCCCCCCCCUCCCAUCGCCGUCCGACACAAGAGGAGCUGCUCCGAGUCCAGCAAGCACGAUUACGGGUUGCCAACCAGCCCAGGGAUCUACAGCGGUCCAGACUCCUCCUUUAAGAAGUGUGUCCCAUCUUCUCCUCUCAGCUCGCUGACUGAACGUCCAGAGAGAGGUUUUCGGAGGGCGGACAGUGACGGUAGCUCCUCCCACUUCCUGCACCCUGCCAGGAAAGCCCCGCCCAACGGCUCUCCCACCAAUCACCGCUCUCAGAGCUUUGAGAACGACAAACGCCCCGUCCCCCAGCCGCUUCCUCGCAGAUCAUUGCCUCGGGGUGCGACGAGCCGCCGGGUGGAGGCGCUGUACGACUGCCAGGCCGACCACCACGAUGAGCUGAGCUUCUUUGAGGGUCAGGUGCUGGUGGUCCUGGGCAAGGAGGAUAGUGAUUGGUGGCAUGGUUACAUAGAGGAAGAACCGGACCAGAGGGGUUUGUUCCCGUCCUCCUUCGUCCAGCUGCUCUCAGACUGACCUGGACCAAACCAACAGAACCUGGACCCAUACAGAUCCAGUCCGCCUGGAGAACCAGAACCUGGACCCGUACAGAUCCAGUCAGCCUGGAGAACCAGAACCUGGACCCGUACAGAUCCAGUCUGCCUGGAGAACCAG